GUCGACGACCAGACUAACACCACAGGGGCAGCACAACAUCUCGUCAAAAUGACCAAGAUCAACACCAACCUGUCCUCCAGCCGGAGAAAGAGCCGCAAGGCUCACUUCUCCGCGCCAUCCAGCGUGCGACGUGUGAUCAUGUCCGCACCGCUCUCAAAAGAACUCCGCGAGAAGCACAACGUCCGCGCCAUCCCAAUCCGCAAGGACGACGAGGUCAUCAUCAAGCGCGGCAGCCACAAGGGCCGUGAGGGCAAGGUCACUUCCGUCUACCGCCUCAAAUAUGUCAUCCACAUUGAGCGCGUCGCCCGCGAGAAGUCCAACGGACAGUCUGUUCCACUCGGUAUCGCUCCAUCCAAGGUCGAGAUCACCAAGCUCAAGCUCGACAAGGACCGGGAGAAGAUCAUUGAGCGCAUCGCCAACGGUCGUGAGGCCAACGAGAAGAAGCGCAAGGCUACUGCUUAAAUGUGUCGACAUGCAAAGCUACGAGCAUGCGUCAUGUAUGGAAAGGAUUGAAGGAGCUUCGGGCUUCGAUGAUACCAGAUGGUAAAAAGCAUUGAGCGACAUCGCCAGCUUUUCUGGGCGUUUUGUAUGAGGAAUGGAAGCAGCAAAGACUGCAUUGCGGCAUCAUCCAGCGUCGCAUGUCUCGAACGAGAACGCUUCGAAUUCACAAACAUCGUACCCGUUCUCA